AUGAGCCGGACCACCUUCUUUGAGGUGGAGGUCCUGGACGCCAAGACAAGAGAGCAGCUUUGUUUUUUAGAUAAGGUGGAGCCCUGCUCAACAGUCGGAGACAUCAAGAGCCUUUUCCACAAAUCAUAUCCUCACUGGUAUCCAGCAAGACAGGCCCUGAAGCUUGGUCCCAAGGGAAAAUUACUCAGAGAUGAUGAAAUCUUACAGAACCUCCCUGUCGGGACCACUGCCACCAUAUACUUCAGAGAUCUUGGUCCACAACUGGGUUGGACCAUGGUGUUUCUGGCUGAGUACAUCGGGCCCCUUCUCACCUACCUCCUCUUUUUCUUUCGAGUACCGUACAUUUACUCACACAGACAUGCCUUCACCUCCAGUCCCCAUCCUGUUGUCACAUUAGCCUGUGCCUGUCAUACCUUCCACUACCUGAAGAGGUUGAUAGAGACUAUUUUUGUUCAUCGAUUCGCUCAUGGGACCAUGCCACUCAGGACAAUAGUCAAGAAUUGUGCUUAUUACUGGGGCUUCUCAGCCUGGUUGGCCUAUUACAUCAACCACCCUCUUUAUACACCUCCAUCAUAUGGAGAACUACAGGUCAACUAUGCACUGGUCAUAUUUGUGGUGUGUGAACUGGGAAACUUCUCCAUUCAUUUGACUCUGAAUAACCUCAGAGGAGACGGACCCAGGGGCAGAAGGUACCCUGUUCCAACAAAGAACCCCUUCACCUGGCUGUUCUUCUUUGUGUCCUGUCCAAACUACACAUAUGAGGUUGGAGCAUGGGUGAGCUUCUCCAUCAUGACACAGUGUUUGCCAGUGGCAUUUUACACGUUACUGGGGUUCGUUCAGAUGACCAUCUGGGCCAAAGGGAAGCACAAAGCCUACAGCAGGGAGUUCAAGGACUACCCCAGCCUCCGGGUGGCCAUUAUCCCUCUGAUUCUCUGAUGGUGGCUGAAACAUGAACUACUGCAGCAUAUCAGGGCUGUACAUUCACUCCCUGAAAGUGUGAGUCCAGCACUAUGCAAUUUGUUUU